GCGGUGUGCGUGGGCACUGGUGCUGCCGCUGGUGCUGGGCGCGGCGGCCGGAUCCGACGUCCUCAUGGUCACGCUGGGCGGGACCAAGUCGCACAAGAUACCCUUCUGGGAACUCGCCAGGGGGCUUAUACGAAGAAACCACAACAUAACCUUCUUCAGCGCGUUCCCCCCUGACUUCCACCUGGCGGGGCUGGAGGAGGUGGCGCCGCGCUCGCUCGCGUCCUACGUGCGCGGCUACACGGACUGGGACCUGGUCGGCGCCAGGAUGCGCGGCCAGGAGCCGCUGCAGCCCGCCGACAUCGUGCGCUAUGGAUAUGAGGCAUGCGAAGCUUUCCUCAGCGACAUAGAGACCAGAUCCUUCCUGCGCUCAGGAAGGACCUUCGAUCUCAUCAUCCUCGACGGCGCCUACCCAGAAUGCGCCAUGGGCAUCGUCUACAAACUGAAGGUCCCCUUCAUCUACAUCAACACCGUUGGCUUCUACACCGUCUCUUUAUCCAUCGCUGGAAGCCCAGCCCCCUACUCCGUCACGCCAUUCUUUGGACGCGGCUUUACUGAUCAGAUGAAUCUGUUCGACCGAGCAUUAAACGCUGCCUACAACUUGGCCACAGUUGUGAUGCAUUCGUUCAGCGUGUCCAUACUUCAAGGGGUGUUGAGAGCGCAUUUUGGAAGUAAGAUGCCACAUGUGUAUGAUAUGGGAAAGAAUGUGAGCUUCAUUCUGCAGAAUGGACACUAUUCGGUGUCGUAUUCAAGACCGUAUCUACCGAAUGUGGCCGAGAUCGCCUGCAUUCAUUGUAAAGAAGCGAAGCCUUUGGAUGCUGACCUAGAAGACUGGAUCUCCGGAGCCGGCGACGCGGGCUUCAUCUUCGUCUCGAUGGGCUCGUCAGUCCGAGCCGCCAGCAUGCCUCCGGCCGCCCAUCGCCUGUUCACCAGAGCCCUGGGCCGCCUGCCGCAGCGUGUGCUGUGGAAGCAUGAGGCCGACCAGAACAUGACCGAGGUGCCUCCCAACGUGAUGCUGAGGAAGUGGCUGCCGCAACAGGAUUUGCUUGGUCAUCCAAAGAUCAAGGCUUUCGUAACCCACGGUGGCCUUCUCAGCAUGUACGAGACAGUGUACCACGGCGUGCCCGUCGUCACCAUGCCAGUGUUCUGCGACCACGACGCCAACGCUGCCAAGGCCGAAGCAGAUGGCUACGCCAAGAAGAUCGAGCUCAGAGGACUAUCAUCCGACCAGCUCUACAAAGCCAUCAAAGAGGUCAUAGAAGAACCAAAGUACAGGAUUGAGGUUAUGAAGAGACAAAUCCUUCUUAGAGACCAGAAGGAAAGUCCGUUAGACAGAGCCGUGUACUGGACGGAAUACGUGAUACGGCAUAAGGGCGCGUAUCAUCUUCAAUCGCCAGCUAAGGAUUUGAACUACUUCCAGUAUCAUAUGCUGGAUGUGGCAGCCCUAUUUAUAGUAGCGUGCUGUAUAAUCUUCGCUACAAUGUCUUACGUUUUACGAGCUAGUUUUAAAAGAUUAGCAGAAUUACUCCACGGCAGAACAGUAGAGCAAACGAAAUGUCUAAAGGAGAAGAAGAUGAUGGAUCAUACAAAUAAUAAUAAUAUAAUGAUGAAGAAGAAGUUGUAGAUAAUAAUUAAUGUGAUGUGAAUGUACAGUUACCAUGAAAGUUACCAUUGUGUGAUACGGGCGGCAGGGUGUGUAAAAAAUUGUAAAUACUCGAUAGUUUGUAAGGCUAAAGUAAUUAAAAAAUUAUUUUUA